AUAAUAUAAAAUGUGAAUUAAUUUUAUCGUAUCGUAAAGUAGUCAAUAUUAAUUAAUUUUGAAGUUGGUAAUCCAUUUUAUUUUAUAAUUGGUAUAUUAUCUAAGUAUAACACAGGAUGAAUUUAUUCAUAAACAGAAACCUUCCGAAUAUUUUAUUUAAUUGUAGGUUUUUUGGUACUUCAAGUGCAAUGAAUAAUGCUAUAGUGACAGUAAAAGAAGGAAAAUUACAAGGUACUAUUCAAAACUUGCCUGAUGGGACAAAAUACUACAGCUUCAAAGGAAUACCAUAUGCCCAACCUCCUAUUGGAAAACUUAGGUUCAAGGCACCUAAGCCCUUGAUGCCAUGGAAUGGGAUACUAAAAGCAAUAGACCAUGGCCCAGUAUGCCCCCAGACUGAUCUUCUAACUCGGAAUAUUUUAGAAGGCAGUGAAAAUUGUCUCUUUCUGAAUAUCUACACACAAUCACUACAAUCAGAUUCUAAAAUACCAGUUAUGAUUUUUAUUCAUGGAGGAGGAUUUCAAGCCGGAUCUGGAAAUUCCGACAUGCUCGGUCCAGAGUUUUUAAUUCAACAUAAUGUUAUUUUGGUGACUAUUAAUUAUAGGUUAGAGGCUUUUGGUUUUUUGUGUCUUGAUAUUCCAGAAGUACCCGGUAAUGCUGGCCUAAAAGAUCAGAUUGCAGCAUUUUAUUGGAUUAAAAAUAACAUUGCCCAGUUUGGGGGUGAUCCAGAAAACAUUACUAUUUUUGGAGAAAGCGCUGGUGGUGCAUCAGUCACAUACCACAUGAUAUCUCCUAUAGCCGAAGGACUAUUUCAAAAAGCGAUAGCACAAAGUGGAACAUUCUUAGCAGAUUGGGCAUUUCAAGAUAAUGCUAAAGAAAAUGCUUUCAAAAUCGGAAAAUAUUUAGGCAACAACACCAAUGAUCCUUACGAACUACUGGAGUUGUUACAAAGCGUACCAAGUAAUAAAUUAGCAGGAAUAACAUAUAAUAUAAUGACGCAAGAAGAAAAGGUGAGAGGAAUGCCGAUGAUUUUUACUCCUGUUGUUGAAAAAGAAUUUUCGGAUCAUGAAGCAUUCCUUAAUAGAAAUCCUAUUGAUAUGCUAAUGUCAGGAAAAAUUCAAAAAAUUCCGUUUUUAACUGGUUAUACAACUGGAGAAGGAUUAAUAUCAGUGCCUAAUGAAUUGAAAAAAUUGGAAGUUAAAAAUAAGUUCCCAUCAUAUUUUUUGCCAAAACAAAUAAGUAUGGCAAUAUCAGAGGAUAAGGCAAAAGAAUUAGGUGAUCGCAUAAAGCAAUUCUAUUUUGAAAACAGAGAUAUCACACGAAAUGACACUGAACAAUUAGCAAUCAUUGGAGGACUUCAAUUAAUUGUAUAUGACAUUUAUAGAUUUCUUCAUUUCUAUACUAAUGUAUGUGAAACAGUUUACAUGUAUAGAUUUAACUUGGUAUCAGAUUUGAAUUUGAUAAAAAUAAUGUUAGGAUUGGAAGCUUCCAACGGUGCUUGUCAUGCAGAUGACGUAUUCUACAUCUUUAAUAAUAUCAAUAGUAGAGAACAAUGUCAAGAACAGAAGAUAUUAAGGGACCAUGUAUAUAUGGUCACAAAAUUUUGGUCCGAUUUUGCUAAAACUGGAAACCCGACUCCAGAUGAUACAUUUAAUUUCAAAUGGAAUCCAUACACAAAAUCGAGCAGAGAGUAUUUGCGUAUAGAUGAAACAUUGUCCAUGGGAACAAGUGAUGAUAAAAUUCAUAUAGAUUUUUGGAAUAAACUGUUUAUUGAUGCUGGACUGCCCGGUAUUAGUAAAAGUAGUUUGUAAUAUAUCACAAUCCAUUAUACUAUACCCUGUAUAAGUUAGCUUAAUCUUUUUGACAGGUGUAAAUUUUUCUGAUCGACAUAACUUUGCAAUGACGAAAAUAUUAUUUUCUUACUUUAAUGAUUUAAAAAAUUGUUAAAAUAUUAAAAAAAUAUAUAUAACACAAAAGUCCUUAAAGAUGCAAGUGUUAUCCGAA